AUGGGAAAAAUUCAUAAAAAGUCGGCGAAGGGACGUUUGGAUAAGUGGUAUAAGCUUGCCAAAGAACAGGGGUACCGCUCUCGUGCUGCGUUCAAGUUAGUCCAAUUGAACCAGAAGUUUAGCUUCUUAGAAAAGGCUAAAGUGGUCAUUGACCUUUGCGCUGCUCCUGGUGGUUGGCUACAAGUAGCUUCUAGAGCAUGCAAGCCUGGUUCUUUACUUGUCGGUGUUGACUUGGCUCCUAUCAGAGCUAUUCCAAAUUGCCAAACGUUCGUAGAAGACAUUACUUCUGAUAAAUGUCGCUCACAAUUACGAGGUGUUUUAAAGACAUGGAAGGCGGAUGUGGUUCUUCACGACGGUGCUCCAAAUGUUGGUGCUGCAUGGUUACAAGAUGCUUAUGGUCAAGCAGAGUUGGUAUUGAUGUCCAUGAAGCUUGCCUGCGAAUUUUUGGUCCCCGGUGGUACAUUCGUCACUAAGGUUUUCCGUUCCCGUGACUACAACAAUCUUUUAUGGGUAUUUAAGCAACUUUUCAACAAAGUUGAUGCUACAAAACCCCCUUCUUCACGUAAUGUGUCUGCAGAAAUUUUCGUUGUUUGCAGAGGUUAUAAGGCUCCGCAAAAGUUGGAUCCCCGUUUUACUGAUCCACGUGCUGUGUUCGAGGAAGUUGCAGAGCCAACUCCAAACGUAGAGGCGAAGGUCUUCGAACCUGAAAAGAAAAAAAGGAAUCGUGAGGGUUAUGCCGAUAAUGACUAUACUCUUCACAAAACUGUACCAGCAUCAGAUUUCGUGUCAGGAAAUGAUCCAAUUCAGGUCUUGGGUACUUCUGCGGAAAUUGUCUUUCCGGAAGAAGAUGAAGAUUCUCAACGCUUAAAAAAUCUGGAAAUAACGGAUGAAGAUGUGUUGAUUUACUGCUCUGAUUUACAAGUUUUAGGCAAGAAAGACUUCCGUGAUCUACUAAAAUGGCGACUUAGAGCUCGCAGCGAGUUGGGUCUAGGCAAGCGCCCCGAAAACGAAGAAAAGACUGUUGUAGAAGAGAUUCCCCAAGUUGACGAAGAAACGCAAAUGGAUCAGGAAUUACAACAUUUGAAUGAAGCUGAACGCAUUAAAGUUAAGCGCGAGCGACGUAGGGCUAAUAAGCAUAAACAAAGAGAAAUCAUCAGAAUGCAGAUGGGGAUGGAGGCCCCUAUGGAAAUUGGUAUGGAGCAAAGUGAAAUGGGAGAAGACAGCAUGUUCGGAUUGUCUACAGCAGAAAAACACGGCCUUGGUAAACUAACUGAUGCUUCCGCUCCGGAAAUUCCUGCUACGGAAGAAGAAGAUGAGACUUUAGGGGAGAGUGAAGAAGAAUACGAUAGCGAGGAUGAGCAGGAACGCCUCGAAGCUGAGUUGGACUCUAUGUAUUCUCAGUACACCGUAAGGAAAGCAGAAUCAGACGUUAAUUAUAAAGUUAAACGAUCCAGAGGUGAUGCUAAUGAUGAGGAGUGGGAAGGAAUCCAGCAACCGACUAGUGACAGUGAAGAAGACGAAUCGAAAACUGCUUCAGAAGAAGGAGGCGAGCGUCUUCUUACUUCUCUUGACAAAAAUGAUUCGGGUAAAAAUGGUUUGAGUAAGAAAGCUUCUCUUUUCUUUGAUCAAGAUAUUUUCGAUGGUAUCGGUGACGAUGGCGAUGCUGAUAAGGAAAUUGUCACCAUGAAUGCUGCUGCUAAAGAAGAAAGAUUAGCUCCAACGGAAAAUGAAGAUGAAAGCUUUGAUGAAGAAAAAAGGACUCGAAAGGAUGAUAUUGAAAUGGUUCCUUCUAUUUCUGCCGAAGAAAAGGAGGACGAUUGGGAUUCAGAUUCUGACAAUGAAGGCGAAAACGUUGACAUUGUAACAGCGGAAGCAAUGACUUUAGCACAAGAAAUUGCUUCUCGCAGAAAGACGAAAUCAGAUCUCAUCGAUGAUGGAUACAACCGUUGGUCAUUCCAGCCUAAGGAUGGUCUUCCAGAUUGGUUUAUUGAUGAAGAAAAUCACCACAACAAGCCAAAUAAACCUAUUACUAAAGACGCUGUUCUGGCUUUGCGCGAGAAGAUGAAGACUAUUAAUGCUCGUCCCAUCAAAAAGAUUCUUGAAGCACAAGGUCGUAAAAAGAUGCGUACUGUCAGACGUAUGCAGAAUGUUUCUAAGAAGGCUGAGGGUAUUACUGAGAGUGGUGAAAUGACUGAGGGUGAAAAAUCUAAGGAGAUUUCCCGCCUCAUGAGCCGUGCAAUGAAAUCGAAGCCCAAACAAAAACCGGCACUCGUUGUUGCUAAAGGUGCUAACAGAGGUAUCCAAUCUCGUCCAAAGGGUGUCAAAGGUAAAUAUAAAAUGGUGGAUUCUCGUAUGAAGAAGGAUCUUCGUGCGCAAAAGCGUCUUGAUAAGAAAAAACGUAAAUAA